AUGUUGGGUAUUGUCAUGUACCCAAUCUGUCUGGUUAAGAGUCUCGGAUCAUUGCGGUACCUCAUUACGGUUAGUAUUCUCGGAAUACUCUGCUGGAUCGCCUGCAUCGAGGGUGUCACGACGUACAUCUUCGGUUUCUGCAACCAAGCUAACAUGCCCGAGAUCUACAUUGAGAUGAGCAAUAGGAGCCCUAGGAAGCUGCGUUCGGUCGCCGUCUGGUCUGCCGUUAUUUGUACUGCUGUUUACUUCAUUAUUGCCAUCUCGUUCCUUCUGGUUUCCGGUUUUGAUGCACAGAGUAGUGUCUUGCUUAACUGUUUGGCUGAUUGGAUUCCCCAGGGUGAUGUUGUUGUCAUCAUUGGCUUCAUUUGGACGGGCAUUUCAUUCAUUGGCACUUAUCCGUGUAUGGUGUAUCCUGUCUGUGUUGCCCUCAUCAACACCUUCCAACCAAAGCGUGCUGACUUCUGGGGAGUUGUAGUCGUUACUAUCGCUGUCGUCAUCUCUCAUCUCAUCGAUAUCGCCUUGCCUGAUGUAUCCAUUCUGAUGGGUCGCCUCGGUGCUGUUGCUGGAUCCAUCCUGUGUUUCAUUGCUCCUGGGUUACCCAAAUACCCAUUCGUUAUCCUGGGUUGCAUUACCUUGGUCGGUGGUACCGCGAUAUCGGCUUGCCAGAUCCUAGAGUUCGGUGAGUAG